CAUUUUGUGUUUAGCCGCUUUUUAGAUUGCACAGUUCAACAAUGGCGGACGCUGCUCCUGCCGGUGGACGUGGCGGUUUUCGCGGUGGCUUUGGGUCUCGAGGAGGUGAUAGGGGCCGUGGUGGCCCACGAGGUCGUGGACGUGGACGUGGUCGUGGCCGUGGCCGUGGCAAAGAAGAUCAGAAAGAAUGGGUUCCUGUUACUAAGUUAGGACGUCUCGUUCGUGAAGGAAAAAUUGACAAACUUGAGAAUAUUUAUCUGUUUUCCUUACCGAUCAAGGAAUUUGAAAUCAUCGAUUUUUUCCUUGGACAAUCUCUCAACGAUGAAGUUCUGAAGAUUAUGCCUGUACAGAAGCAGACACGUGCUGGACAACGUACACGUUUUAAGGCUUUCGUUGCUAUCGGUGACAACAAUGGCCAUAUUGGCUUGGGUGUUAAAUGCAGCAAGGAAGUGGCGACUGCUAUUAGAGGCGCAAUUAUUCUCGCCAAAUUAUCUGUUCUUCCAGUACGCAGAGGCUACUGGGGUAAUAAGAUCGGAAAGCCUCACACGGUGCCUUGCAAGGUAACUGGAAAAUGUGGAUCAGUAACAGUAAGGCUUAUUCCAGCACCUCGUGGUACUGGUAUUGUGUCGGCUCCUGUUCCCAAGAAGCUACUUCAAAUGGCAGGAGUGCAAGAUUGCUACACUUCAGCUAGGGGCUCAACUGGUACCCUUGGCAAUUUUGCUAAGGCUACUUAUGCUGCUAUUGCCAAAACAUAUGCCUAUUUAACACCAGAUUUGUGGCGUGAUAUCCCAUUGACCAAAUCUCCAUACUCUGAAUUUAAAGUUUAAAAUGUGACAUGAAAUUAAAGAAUUCAUGCAACAGAAUUAA